AUGAAGAGAAACCAUUUAAUUUCGCAUGAAAGCAGCAUUCAGAUUGCUGGCGAGAUUGGAGACGCCCGAAGCCUGUCUCCCAUUGUUAAUGCAUCGGCUGCUGAGAUGAGACACAAAUACUUGGCAACGACUGUGGUUGAAUAUCGUUCCGGACCUGCCCUUCCGCCUCUGGAAGGGUUUCCCACGGCACUGUGUCACAAGUGCCCCGACUGCGGAUAUCUGGCACGGAAAGGCGCUUCCGUUCGUCGAAAUUGUGCUGCGAGUAAAGCGUGCAAGGGACAUUUAUCUCGUCAGCUCGAUGAGGUGAAGGGACAGGCCAUCUUUGGCGGAAACAAGUGCAGAUACUAUCAAGUCGUAGAAAACGGCGGUGACCUCUUUUCCGAUGUCCUCGCAGAAUCCAUGAGGAAACUGCAGGGAGCCACUCCAGCGAGUACUGCCAUCAACGAGGCCGGGAUUUCAGAGAUGAGCGCAUUACUUUCAGUUUUUCGCUUCGACACUCACUUAAAGCGUUGUGGGCUUAAACUUUCUGAAGCCAGCUCCCUGUGCAAGAGUACUGACAGCCGUAUACGCACACUUUCACGCGAGGUGGUCACAGCGUACCACAAGCAGGCCUUCGACAUAACCGAACAGAAGGUUUGGAUCAAGUCACACACGUUUAUGGAGUCGGACCUCAACAUUGCUGUUAGUCGGAAAACUGUGGAGCACUAUGACAACAGAAUGGUCCAAGUACUGGAAUUCGUCUUCAACUUGAUGUCUUCCAGCAGGCAGUUGUAUCAAUAUAUACCUCCCGAUGCCAUUCGGAGUGCAGAAUCUCUGCGAGCAGAUUCCAAUGCACCAAUGGCAUCCAAGUUGCGAAACUUCCAUGAUAUCCUACAGAACCUCCUUUUUCGUCACAACGAAAGCAACGAACUAAUCGCCUUGUUCAUCUCAUGCUACAGUGUCAUUCUCGAUCGCUCAAACGAGUACCGAUUUGCGAACGCCAGCGAAUUGACUCCCAUUCUCGCAGCCGUGAAGCACUUUGCUCGCUGCCUAGUCGUGAUGGAAAUAUAUCUCUACAGCUCUAGCGACACUACCGAGUCUUGGGAGCGAGUCUUGAAACUGAAUCACCCGCAUGUGGAUAAUGGCCUUCAAUAUGUGCAGUACUGCAUGAAAGCCUUACAAGGCAAACUGAAGCCCUUACUCCUGGAAUCGGACACAUCCCUGAACGAAGACAAAGCCAGAGCAUAUCUACAAGAUUGCGAAAGUCUACAAGAACAUAUAUAUACGCUCUUGCAGGUAUGCUCAGGAGCACCGGCAAGGGCAUCCGAGUUGGGGAUUUUGCGGGUUUGCAAUACGGCAGUAGGACGGCGGAACAUCUUCACUCAAGCAGGACUCGUGUUUACUGUCAUUACGUAUCACAAGGGUCGCAAUGUGCACGAUGGUGUCGGCCGUCCCAUUGCGCGAUAUCCUGAUGCUGUUACUGCGGGUAUCUUGCUCAUCUACUUAACAGUUAUUCGCCCUGUCGAAUAUGCCCUCGUCGACCUCCUCGCGAAACCCAAUGAGGUCCCAGAAGGUUCAUCUGUCAGAAAAUUUGACCACGUUCAUGUGGACAGUGCCAUAUCACUAGGCGAGAGGCAUCGUGACCACCUGUUCGCCAGCCGUGGAGAGCCUUUCGGAAUUUGUCGAUUGCGCUACUGCUUCGAAAAGGUAAUGAAAAGUGCGGGAAUCCCAAUUGGAACCAGUCAAUACCGGCAGUACCACAGUGGAGUAGUGAAAAACUUCCUCGCGCAUAGCGAGGAGCACGAAACAAACUGCACGGGAAUGCUUCACACCCAGGCAGGACAUUCAGAGAAUACCGCUCACCAGAUAUACGGUGUAUCCCCCCUUGAUAUGAAGAAAUUGACGGCUAGCCAGCUUGAGCGAUUCCGUCAGGCCUCCAAAACGUGGCAUGAAGUACUUGGGCUGUUUGACGGGGAGCCGUGUUCUUACGAGAACGCCUACGAGCAGCUGCAAAUGACUGCUAGUGCACUGGACACUAAUGCAUCAGCAGGGACCCAUCCGAUCGAUGUCACAAGUCACAUUUCGCGUCUUGAAAUGACUCUUCAAACUCGCGUUGAGGUCCUGCACAACGCCAUUCUCCAUAUCUCCGACUCUUUACUUGGGAAAAGGCGACUAAAUGAAUGGGUUGGUACCGAGGGAUACGCCGUUCUGCCCGAGAAGAGAAUCUGUCAACCUCCUUCGCUGCUGAAGCAAUUGCAGAUUUUUCUCAAUAGAAGUGACGCGCAUUUCAAGUCCCAGGAACAAGAAAAGGCAGUCGUGCAUUGUGUAGCACCAAAGAGCGACGCCUUGGUCGUCCUGCCAACUGGUGCCGGGAAGUCGUUGACUUUCAUGCUUCCCGCUUUCACUCACAAGACAAAGGUGAUGGUUGUAGUCGUUCCACUUGUGGCUCUGCAGCUUGACCUUAUCAAACGCUGCGAAGAUGCAGGUAUCCAAGCCUGUCAGUGGAAUGCGCGGGAUGUAGCCGGGGCACGUAUUGUUGUCGCCAGCGCCGAGCAUCUGUCUUCACCAGACUAUCAAUGUUUCCUUAGGGAACUAAAGGUUAUGAAUAAGCUGCAUGCAAUAUUCGUGGACGAGUGCCAUCUGGUUUUAUUAUGGCACAGUUUCAGAGAAGCCAUGAAGUACUUGCGCGGUUUCAUUCGUCCAGAACUCGUCAAUGUGCCAGUUAUCGCUCUAACGGCAACAGCCCCACCGUCCAUUGAACAACAAAUUACUUCCGCAUGUGGAUUGUCAGACUUCAUCACUGUGCGUCAGAAAACGUCGAGACGGAACAUCAGGAUGACAGAAAUGCAAUGCAAUCCGGCUGGGAAGAUGAAUCUGAUGGACUUCCGCACGUCAUGGUUGCAACGAAAGCAUUUGGAUGCGGCAUUGACAUCUCCACUGUUCGGAUUGUCGUACAUGCUGGUCUUCCAAGCACGCUCACUGAGUACGUGCAAGAAAGCGGACGUGCCGGUCGUGACGGCCAACCUGCCAAAAGUACUGUGCUUAAUAUUAUCGAUCAGUUCAAUCAUUCAGUUGAACCGCAAUUGUCCGGUUUCGGUCCUGUACAUGGGCUUACAGAAGCAGCUGGUGAGUGUCGUCGGUGGCUGGUGGACCUGUUCAUGGACGGGUGUUCUGAUCACCGACCUUGUCAAGAACGUGGGAUGGAGGCUUGUGAUAUUUGUUCUUCCGAAGGAAGUGGAAUACGUUUACGUAGACGUGCUUCCGAAUUCCAAAACGAGGACACCUGCAGGAAAGAAGUUCAGAUUCGACCUACAAGGAAGCGCGUGA